AUGGCCGGGCCGCCCCGCCUGGCGCUGGCCGAUGUCCGGGCGGCGGAGCGACGGCUCCGCGGGCGGCUGCACCGCACGCCGCUGCUUACCAGCGGGGGCCUGGACCGCCUGGCUGGCCGACGGCUGCUUUUCAAGUGCGAGCUCUUCCAGAGGACCGGCUCCUUCAAGAUCCGCGGUGCCCUGAACGCAGUCAGGAGCCUCGUUGAGGAAAGCGAGCGUGCUGGAGGGGGGCUACCCCGGGCCGUCGUGACACACAGCAGUGGAAAUCAUGGGCAGGCGCUCGCCUGUGCUGCCCAGGCGGAAGGGAUUCCUGCCUACAUCGUGGUGCCCCGGACAGCCCCGCACUGUAAGCAAGCCGCCAUCCGCACCUACGGUGCCACACUGGUGCCGUGCGAGCCCAGUGACAAGUCCAGAGCUGAGACAGCAUCUCGUAUAGUCCAGGAGACAGGAGGCAUCAUGGUGCACCCCAACCAGGAGCCGGCGGUGAUUGCAGGGCAAGGAACAAUCGCCCUGGAGGUGCUGGAGCAGGCGCCCGAGGUAAAUGCAGUCGUAGUUCCCGUCGGAGGCGGAGGAAUGAUUGCAGGAAUAGCAGUUGCCAUCAAGGCUUUGAGACCAGAUGUGAAAGUGUUUGCUGCUGAGCCACGCAACGCCGAUGACUGUUACCAGUCCAAGGUAAGAGGGGAACUGACCCCCAACCUUCACCCGCCCGAUACCAUCGCAGAUGCAGUUAAAACCAGCAUCGGACCAAACACGUGGCCCAUCAUCAGGGAUUUGGUUGAUGAUGUCCUGACAGUCUCAGAGGAAGAAAUCAAGCAAGCCACGCGGCUGGUGUGGGAAAGGAUGAAGCUGCUGAUUGAGCCAACAGCAGGCGUGGGAGUGGCGGCCGUGCUCUCGGAGCAGUUCCAGGCAGUCCCCCGGGACGUGGAGAACGUUUGCAUCGUGCUGUGCGGGGGAAACGUGGACCUGGGCUCCCUGACCUGGCUCACAGACCUCCCUGGGAAAGCGGAAUGAAAACGGAGCGGUGUCUCAAGCGACAGAAACCUCACUCUGAAUUUGUACAAUCCAGU